CGGUCUUCAACAACAUGGCUUCGUCUUUGCGUAAAAUAGGGCAAAAAAUAUUGUUAUCCCACUGCAAAAGGGAUUACAAUAUACUUCAACGACUACUUUCUAAUGAUGUCCGAAAGGGUUUUGUUGGCAUGGUUGGCAGGACGCCGCUGAUUCGAUUGAAUAAAGUCAGCGAGGAGACAGGAUGUGACAUUGUGGUCAAAGCUGAGUUUGCAAAUGGAGGGGGCUCCGUAAAAGACAGAGCUGCCCUCUUUCUCAUUCAACAAGGCAUUGAUCAAGGUCGACUUAAGGCUGGCGGCACAGUGGUGGAAGGAACUGCAGGAAAUACAGGCAUCGGUCUAGCUCAUUUAUGUAACGCCAUGGGUUUCAAGUGUGUGAUCUAUAUGCCGAACAAUCAGAGUCAAGAAAAGAUUGAUAUGUUGCGGCUCCUUGGUGCCAUAGUGUUUCCCGUCCCCGUUGUACCUUUCGACGAUCCCGACAAUUACAACCACCAGGCAAGGAGACAUGCUGAAUCGUUAGAUAAUGCCGUUUGGACAAACCAGUUUGACAACACAGCCAACAGACAAGCUCAUAUAGAGACCACAGGACCAGAGAUAUGGCAACAGACUGAGGGCAAGGUGAAUGCUGUCACAUUUGGCACUGGAACAGGUGGCACUUUGGCAGGAGUUGGGAUGUACAUGAAGGAGAUGAGCAAGGAUGUGAAGGUCAUCCUAGCUGACCCUCAGGGCAGCGUCCUCUACAACUACUUCACCCAUGGCAAGCUGGAGAGGUCACCGGGGUCAUCCAUCACAGAGGGCAUAGGUCAAGGUCGGGUCACAGAUAACCUCAAGGGCGCCCCCAUUGAUGAGGCCUUGUGCAUUAUGGACACCGAUGCUGUCAGUAUGACGUUCCGUCUCCUAAAAGAUGAAGGGUUCUUUGUUGGGGCGUCAUCUGGUCUAAAUGUAGUAGCCGCAGUGCAGGUUGCUAAGCAACUCGGACCUGGACAUGUAGUAGCUUCCUGCCUGUGUGACACAGGUCAACGAUAUUAUGCAAGGCUCUUCAACAGAACUUGGCUCAAAGAAAAGGGUCUAUUUGAUAGCGUACCAGAAGAGUGCCAUGGCUUCCUGCAUUCAUGA